CAUGCCCGCCUCCCGGCCGCCGGCAGGAGCAGCAGUUGCAAUAGCCGGGCAUCACCCUCGGCUGCCGGGCGCUUCUGCCUCGGCGUGCUUUUCUCUUUCUCCGCCUCUUAACAAAGGGAUCGUCGGCGAGGGAGGCGGCCCCGCCGGCGCGGAAUAAGCGAGGCAGCCCCCUCCCCACGCGACCACCCACCGACCCACCCCGGGCUAUUGUUGCAGCUUCAUCGGACGAGGGCCGGGAGAUGGAAGAUGGAAGGAGGCGACGGUGGGGAAGAAGCAUUUGUUUGGGUUAACGGUGCAUCGGCUCAUUCUCAGAGUGUUGCCAAGGCCAAAUAUGAGUUUUUAUUUGGUGGAUCAGAAAAUGAAAAUAUUUCAGAAUCUGGCAGCCAUGGAGGUAGCACUCUCCUUCCACACAACAUCAACAACGAAUUCCCGGAAUAUGGGGCUGUGGAGGAAGGUGCCAAAACUUCAGAAAUUCCCUCUGAGGUUCACGACGACGACGAACUAGUGUGUGUUUCUGAAGGGCAGCCAUGUGACCAGCUGCCUUCUGAGAACGGCAGACCUAGUGAUGGGGUAGAGUUUUUCUCUGAGGGGUUACAAAUGGCUCCCCAAGAGGAAGAAGUGUCAGAACAGUUUGGCAGGCCGAGUGAGACUAUAGAAACCUCCCAAGAUUUAGACUCUGACAGGGAAAACGAUGCUUUCGGUUCGGAGAUGCAAAUGGAAAAAGAGAGGAAAGCUGGCAGUGGGGCUGAGGAGGCAGCCAGGGAGAUGAUUCUUGCAGGCCAAGAAAAACCUCCAGAAAUGCCUCUUCCAUCUGAAGCAACAGCAGAGAGAAAAUUGUAUUGGAUCACAGAAGAAGACUCUAUGGUCUUAACUGUGGAAAUACAGCCCGAGACCUUACGAACUGCUGGCAGUGGAACUGAGGAGGCCCACAAAAUAUGUGAAACCAGUUGCCAUAAAGCUCUGGCCCAGCCAGAGGACAGAAAGGUGGGUUCUUCAGGAGUCCUUGGCGGUGCCUGGGCAGACUUUGAGCGGGAGUUUUCUGUGUUUGAUUCAGACAAGGAAGAAAGAGCGCCCGAGAGGAGGAUAUCCAAAGAGGCGGCUGUGAGCAAACACGUGGAAUUUCAAGGGGUGGAAAUCCUUUGGAUCCAAAAAGCAGAGGAGCAGAAGGAAACCGGACUCUCUGACACGGAUAGUGUAGAAAGAAGAUUCUCAAAACACCACACACCAUCUGCAGUCUCAUCAGAAUUGGACUGUUUGCCGGAACGCUCCUGGAAUGUAUCCUGGGAAAACUUCAGGCCUUUAACUUCGCUGGCCGAAGCUGGAGAGGAUGAAGUCUUCAUAGUAGAGGAAAAGAAGAACUGGGCACUGGAGAGGAAAUCUAUGUUGGGCAAGGACAGGCUCAUGGAGGAGGAGGAAGAGGACGACGACGACGAAGCCAUCAGUGGAAGAGUGGAAGAUGUCCUUGGGCAACCGCACUCCGAAGUCUCAACAGAUGUGUACAGCUCCCAGUUUGAAAGCAUUCUGGACAAUGCCUCUUUAUAUUAUAGCGCCGAGUCACUGGAAACUUUAUAUUCUGAGCCGGAUAGCUACUUCAGCUUCGAAACGCCGCUUACUCCCAUGAUCCAGCAGCGUAUCAAAGAAGACGCUCAAUUUUUAGAAAGGACUCCUGAUGGGGCAAUAAGGCAAGGCCACAGCGACGGGAUUGCCAAUGGACUAGGAGAUGUGAAGGAGACGGACAUCACAGAAGCUUGUCAUUUAGAAAGCAAUGCGAGACUGGAAUGUACAACGGCGCCAGACGCCGUAGGGGACAUGGGAAGCAACGAUUUCCUGGAGAAAGAUGGGCACGAAAACCUGGGUCAUGACUUCAUCAAUGGGACCACCAGCGGCAAUGUGGAAGCAGCUCGGAGGCUGGCAAAGCGCCUAUAUCAUCUGGAUCGAUUCAAGCGGUCUGAUGUAGCGAAGCACUUGGGGAAAAACAAUGAGUUCAGCAAACUUGUCGCUGAGGAAUACCUCAAGUUCUUUGAUUUCACAGACAUGUCUUUGGAUCACGCACUCAGGACAUUCUUCAAAGCCUUUUCUCUUAUUGGAGAAACUCAGGAAAGAGAGCGAGUUUUAGUUCAUUUCUCCAACAGAUACUACCAGUGCAACCCAAAUGCCAUUUCCACACAAGAUGGAGUCCAUUGCCUCACAUGCGCAAUCAUGCUGCUGAACACUGACCUCCACGGCCAUAAUAUUGGCAAAAAGAUGUCCUGUCAAGAAUUCAUUGCCAACCUUCAGGGAAUGAAUGAAGGCAAAGAUUUCCCAAGGGAUCUCUUGAAGGCUCUCUACAAUUCAAUCAAAAACGAGAAGCUUGAGUGGGCAGCAGAUGAUGAAGAAAAGAAAAAAUCCCCCUCAGAUGGUACCGACGAGAAGGAUAAUGGAACUCAGUCGAAGUCUGGCAACCGCAUAGGCAACUCCGGUAACCCUUUCCUGGAUAUUCCUCACGACCCCAAUGCUGCUGUAUACAAAACGGGAUUCCUGGCACGUAAAAUCCACGCUGAUAUGGAUGGGAAGAAGACUCCACGAGGGAAGAGGGGAUGGAAAGCCUUUUAUGCUGUUCUUAAAGGAACUGUGCUUUAUUUGCAAAAGGAUGAAUACAAACCAGAUAAAGCUUUAUCAGAGGAAGAUCUUAAGAAUGCAGUCAGUGUGCACCAUGCAUUAGCAUCGAAGGCAACAGACUAUGAGAAGAAGCCAAAUGUUCUGAAGCUGAAGACAGCUGACUGGAGGGUCCUGCUUUUCCAAGCCCAGAGCCCAGAAGAAAUGGAGUUGUGGAUCAACAAGAUCAAUUCUGUGGCAGCCGUUUUUUCUGCCCCACCAUUUCCAGCUGCUAUUGGAUCCCAGAAGAAGUUUAGCCGCCCACUGUUACCUGCUUCCACAACCAAAUUGUCUCAGGAAGAUCAGCUGAAAUCACAUGAAAGUAAACUGAAGCAAAUCUCCACUGAACUAGCUGAGCAUCGUUCCUACCCGCCAGAUAAGAAACUUAAAGGCAAGGAAGUGGAGGACUACAAACUGAAAGAUCAUUAUCUGGAAUUUGAGAAAACACGGUAUGAAACCUACGUGUCUCUUCUCACAGAGGGAGCCGGCAAGGAGUUGCUGAGCACCAAUGAGAAUGACGGCCCGGGACUGAAGAAAUGCCACUCAAGCCCCUCAUUAAAUCAAGAGUCCCCUCUUAGUGCCAAGGUGAAGCGUAACAUCUCCGAGAGGAAAGACUAUAGACCCGAAACACCAAGCAUCAAGCAGAAGGUUACUUAGGGCAACUGAGGCAGGCUGGAGGAACAACAUGAUCACUCGCUCUUUGAUAACCUGUCCUUUGCAAAAACAAAACAAAAAUUAACACAUCUGCCUGAAUGGGGUGUUAGUGACAUUUUCAAUUGUAAAUUUUUGUUGUUUCUGUACAGGUUGUUGGAGAUGUUUUGGCUUCUGGCUUGCAUUUGCCUAGUUCAUUUAUCAUAAAGCAAUUGAUCCAGUCCUUUUAAUAGAGAGAGAGAGAAGGAAAAUAAGGUACAGCAAGGGAGAGAUUUGAUGAUGUAUUUAUCUCUCUCAUCUUUUUAUCUCAUUUUGUUGGCUUGUAAUUUUCAUCUCUCAAGUCAUCUGCUGCUUUCCUGCAGUAGGGCAAGUAACUGGACAAACCGAAGCUUACUGAGUCGUUUAGCUUUGUGAACGGAUUCUUGCAUUUUCCAAGGUGGCACAAUAGUAGUCUCACUAUUAAAAAAGACUAGGUGAAACUGCACAUCCUUGGGGGAAAUUAAGUUUCCACGUGCUGCAGAGCUCUGUAACUAACAUGUGGUGGAAACCAUGUCAAUUGCUAGACUGUGAAAAAACCCAGUUGUGAUCUCUGAGCCCCACACUCUGUAAGGGGCUGAAAAGCGAAGG